UGUGUACUGUGUAGUAGUGUGUAUGUUUUCACGUAAUAAAUUGUCACACAUUUGACUUGUUUUGUCAAAACAAGGUUGCUUAUAAUAACAGCAAACAGGAAUAUGUAUAUCAAGGAUGUAGCGAUUUUUGACAGUUAGGUUUGAGUGCAAUUCGUAAGGAUAAUCCAUUAUUUCAGUUUUUGUUCAAGAAUACUCAGCUGAUACUAACCUUAUUUCUGUUAUACCUCACUUGUAAAUAUGGACAUUUUGAAGGCAGAAUUAGAAAAAAAGAAAAGGAAGUUACUGGAAAGUAAUCUUAUUCAACCAAACAAGAAAUAUUUCAGGAACUCUGAACUAAAGGCUAAAGAAGAAGAAGAGUACCAAAAAAAGUAUGGGUCUGAAAAAGCAGAAAAAAAAUCUGAAGAGCACUUGCAUGAUAAUGGUAAAACUGUAAAAGACUCAGAAGGCAAAAAUGUCACAUUGUCUAGAAAAGAGGUGAUAAGGAGGCUUAGAGAGAGGGGAGAACCAAUCUUGCUAUUUGGGGAAACUGAGUUAGAGUCUUUCACAAGACUCCGGCGCUGUGAGAUUCUAGAGCCUGAGAUCAAUAAGGGGCUACGUAAUGAUUUUCAAGAAGCUAUGGAGAAGGUUGACCAAGAUUUUGUUGAUGAGCUAAUAUUGGCAUCUCAUUCUGACCCUGGUUCAAGUAGCCAAGAGGAUUUGAAACUAACUAAUAGUCAAGUUACGUAUGACCAAAUCCAGUCCAUGGCUACAAGUCUGGGGAAAGGUGACCGAUUACAUGAUAUGGAAGUAACCAUGCAGUUUUUACAGUAUCUGAUGAAGAUGUGGAGCAAUGAGUUGAACAGCAAGGCGGGAUCAGAAAAAAUUAGCCAGAAGGGUAAACUGGCCAUGGCAAAGUAUACUCAGACACAAGCAUAUCUGAAGCCUCUCCUACGAAAAUUGAAGAGUAAGACUCUGCCAGAAGACAUUUCGGAUAGCUUAACUGAAAUUGUCAAACAUAUACUAGAUCGAAAUUACAUAAAGGCAAAUGAGGCUUACCUGCAGAUGGCGAUUGGGAAUGCCCCGUGGCCCAUCGGUGUUACCAUGGUGGGUAUCCACGCUCGAACAGGUCGAGAGAAGAUUUUCUCCAAAAAUGUUGCUCACGUGUUAAAUGACGAAACUCAGCGAAAAUACAUCCAAGCUCUUAAAAGACUGAUGACUAAAUGUCAAGAGUUUUAUCCAACAGAACCAUCGCGAUGUGUGGAAUACUCCACGGAAAGUUGAUUAGGAAAAUGUUAAAUGUGUUGUACAUAGAAUUAAAUAUUUGUAUUUUAGAUUCUACAA